AUGGGAUUAGUCGAUGAGGGCUUAAAGGUGGAGUCUUGGGAUGUCAAGUUAUCGAAGGGGAGUAACAGAAGAGGAGAGUGUGGUGAUAUUGAUGAUGAAGUAAUAAUGGAUAAGGGAUGUCGCAUUAGGUUAUGGGUUUUUGGCUGUUGUGUUCCCUCAAGAUCUAAAGUUGAUACCUCCAUUAGUGGCAUCAGCACUCAUGAAAGUAAAUCUACAAGUGAAAAAGGCAAAGACCAGCCAGUUGCCCCUAUAGUUCCAUCUACCACAACUAGCAAUACUGAAAGCGUUUCUUCAAGCACAAGACUCGAGGAGGAGCUUAAAAUUUCUUCCCGCCUUCGAAAAUUUGGUUUUAAUGACCUUAAGCUGGCCACAAGAAAUUUUAGACCAGAAUCUCUUCUUGGUGAAGGGGGUUUUGGUUGUGUGUUCAAGGGAUGGAUUGAAGAGAAUGGUACAGCACCUGUUAAACCUGGGACGGGACUUACUGUGGCUGUGAAAACCCUGAAUCAUGAUGGACUUCAGGGUCACAAAGAAUGGCUGGCUGAAGUGAAAUUUUUGGGUGAUCUUGUUCAUUCUAAUUUGGUCAAAUUAAUUGGUUACUGCAUUGAAGAUGAUCAGAGGCUACUUGUCUAUGAAUUCAUGCCGAGAGGAAGCUUGGAGAACCAUCUAUUCAGGAGAUCCUUGCCACUUCCUUGGUCUAUCAGGAUGAAAAUAGCUCUUGGAGCUGCAAAAGGACUUGCUUUUCUGCAUGAGGAAGCUGAAAGACCUGUCAUAUAUCGUGAUUUUAAGACGUCUAACAUCCUCUUGGAUGCUGAGUACAAUGCCAAACUUUCUGAUUUCGGACUUGCUAAAGAUGCUCCAGAUGAAGGAAAAACUCACGUUUCUACACGUGUGAUGGGAACCUAUGGUUAUGCGGCCCCAGAAUAUGUCAUGACAGGGCAUCUUACGUCGAAAAGCGACGUGUACAGCUUUGGAGUUGUCCUCCUUGAGCUGAUCACAGGCCGAAGAUCCAUGGACAAAACACGGCCUAAAGACGAACACAACCUCGUCGAGUGGGCCCGGCCUCAUCUGUGCGACAAGAGACGGUUUUAUCGCUUGAUAGAUCCCCGGCUCGAGGGCCGUUUCUCGGUCAAGGGAGCCCAAAAGGCAGCCCACCUGGCGGCCCGUUGCCUCUGCCGGGACACAAAAGCCCGGCCCGCAAUGAGCGAGGUUGUCGAGGUCUUGAAGCCUCUCCCAAACCUCAAGGACUUAGCCAGUUCGUCCUACUACUUCCAAACUGUCCAAUCCGACCGGGCUGGGCCCAGCCCGAAUGGGAAAGCAUUGUUCAGAAAUGGGCCGCAGCCAACGAGAAGCCUCUCGAUUUCGAACGGGGCCACAUUUCACGCCUCGCCCUACCGUCUCGCUCGAAAUUCGCCAAAACCGAAAGGGAACGCUUAA